CCAGGCUGCUAUCGGGCUGCGGCAGGACCAGCGCCUUCCUGUGUGCCCUGCUGCCGCUGGGUGCCCGCCGCUGGGAAAAGCGGUGGGUUCGCACCAGGCCCAGAGCAGGGCGUGGCUCCUGUGGGGUCUCCUGCCAGAGAGGAGAUGCCCGGGCGGGGCCAGAAGCCCAGUGCCACCGUGUUCAUCUCCCUAAAUGCUGGGGUGACUGGACGGCGGGGGCUGGUGACAGCCACCCUCUCUGUUCAGGUCCUGAUGCUGGGCAGCAGGGAGCUAGGUGUGGCUGCUGCAUCCACACCUUGGGUCUGCCAGAGGGUUUCCGACGACCCACAACCCUCCGCCCCUUCUUCGAUAUUGCACAAGGCCUCGCCACAGCUCAGAGGUUCUGCUGUGGGCGGGGAAGCUCUGAGGAGCCACACUCCCCCCUCUAGACCUGCCUGUGUCCUCUGUGGGUCUGCUACCAGCUCCCUGGUUCCCACCCUGAUGGCAGUGGAGGAGCUGGGGGAGGCCAGCAGCCCCGGGACUCAAGAGCGGAGGACAGGAAGGCAGGACCGAGGGAGGCCUCCGGCGCAGCAUGGGGCCGCAGACCCAGUCAGCGGUUCCUGGUUGCUGCUCUUUCUACAACAUCUGGCCCGAAGCCCCAGGCACCCAACUGACCUGAGGCCUCCAGGACACUGAGCACAAGGGCCCGGACCUGCUGGGCCACAUCCUGGACCAAAUAAGAGUCUGGCUGGGGUGGGACAUCUGACCACGCUGACCGGCCAUAUCUCCAGCUCAGAAGACCCAGAGCAAAAGGGGAAGUAACUGGACCUCCAGGCUGGGACCCGGGCUGGCUGGAGGGGGGGAGGAGAAGGGUUCUAGAUCCCAGCCUUCCUCUUCCUAGAUCAGGUGCCAGCCCCCUGCCCGCCUGCGUCAGGGACACAAGGACUCCUUCCCUUUCCAGCCUGGAAAGCCCCCGCCUGCCCCCACCCUCAUCCUGAGCUGUGGGCCUGGAGGAAGAGACCUGGAGCCCCCAAGGACAAUCCUCCCACCCCUGUCCUGCUCAUCAGCCGUCCAGGACCCUGGGCCUGCCUCCAGCCUGGGGUUUCCACAAACAUGUGUCGUGGGGCAGGGGGGAAGGGCCCUGCAGCCGACCGGGGCCAGGCCCAGCCGAGCAGCUGCCCACGGUGGGCAUGUGCCAGGGCCUCACUGGACAGGGCCUCACUCCUCGGACCCUGUGAUGGACCCUCAGUGGGACUCUGAGCUCUGGCACCAGGUGUCCGAGAGGAGCAGGUUGGCAGGGUGGGGUGAGGUGGCCCUGUUAGAAGCAACAGGAGAAACCUCCGCCUCCUGGCAAAGAGCUGAGCACAGCAAGUCUGCAGUGUGAGGGGCUGGGAGCCCAUGGCAGAGCCGAGCAGAUGGGUACCUCUGCCUGGUGGCUGCCGUGAUUUGAGAACCUCGGGUUUCUUAGAUGACUGAUUCUGGGAGCUGUAGAUGAAUAAUGUCGGGUGUGACUGUGCCCAGAAGCUUCAGGCUUUGGUGGGCCUGGGCCGGGGCAGCCCUGCUCGUGGCCCUCUGGCUCCUGUGGCUACCCUGGUGGGGCGCUGGGGAGGUCCCAGUGCCCCGGGGCACACUCACCAUCCUGAUCUGGCACUGGCCCUUCGUCAGCCAGUCCCCAGAGCUGCCCAGCGACACCUGCGCCCGCUACGGCGUGCCCCACUGCCGCCUGAGCACCAACCGCAGCCUGCUGGCCAGCGCCGACGCUGUGGUCUUCCACCACCGGGAGCUGCAGAACAGGCGCACCCAGCUACCCCUGGCCAAGCGGCCACCGGGGCAGCCCUGGGUGUGGGUGUCCUUGGAGUCGCCUACCUACACACAUGGCCUUAACCGCUUCCAAGGUAUCUUCAACUGGGUCCUGAGCUACCGGCACGACUCAGACAUCUUUGUGCCCUACGGCCGCCUGGAGCCCUGCGAGGGGCCCGCGCCCCCUCUGCCGGCCAAGAAUGGGGUGGCUGUCUGGGUGGUCAGCAACUUCCACGAGACGCAGCGGCGUGUGCAGCUGUACCGGGAGCUGGCGCCACACCUGCCAGUGGACGUGUUCGGCCAAGCCAACAGGCGGCCACUGUGCGGGAACUGCCUGCUGCCCACCAUCGCCCGGUACCGCUUCUACCUGGCCUUCGAGAACUCGCAGCACACAGACUACAUCACGGAGAAGCUCUGGCAUAACGCACUGACGGCCGGCACUGUACCCGUGGUGCUGGGGCCACCGAGGGCCACCUAUGAGGCCUUUGUACCUCCUGACGCCUUUGUCCACGUGGACGACUUCAACUCCACCCGAGAGCUGGCUGCCUUCCUUGUGGGCAUGAAUGAGACCCAGUACCGGAGCUACUUCACCUGGCGAGAACGGUUCUGUGUGCGACGGUUCAAAACCUGGGAGGAGCGCUUCUGCGCCAUCUGUGCCCGCUACCCCCACCUGCCCCGCGACCAGGUCUACCAGGACCUCCAGGGCUGGUUCCAGACCUGAGCUCCGGCAGGCAGAGGAGGUGGGGGAGAAUGGCUGAGAAUGGGCUGUGUGGGUGCACAGCUGGAUGGUCAAGUCAAACCACCAGGCCUCUGACUCCCACAGGCAACUGUCAGGCUAACAUGGAGGCUGGAGUCAGACAGUGGGCUAUCUGGGCGGGCUGCCUGGAGGAGGAGGUGGUGGGCAUUGGAGCAGGCAUUUGUGGGGGAGGUGAGAGCAGUGAGGGAAUCAAUGGGGUACGUGAUGUGGAGGUGGAUCGGAGAGGCUGCUAAGGACCUCUCUCCCCACCUUGAUCAAAUCUUGGGUAAGUCAAGGCUGUGCCUUGAUGUGGGGAUGUGGAGACUUGGGGCUGAGGACAUGCCACCCUGUGGUUUGUGGGGGCAAAACCUGCCCCCCUGGAGCCUCCUCUGUACCCAAGGUCCCCAGGCCCAGGGUAUGCAGCCACACUGCCCACUCCGACCACAGGUCUGGAGUCCUGAUGUGCAGCCCUGUGCUGCUGGGCACUGCGCUGAGCAAGCCUGCAGCCCACUCGGGGAGGGGCCAUUGACCAAUAAAGAAAUGAAAGACGAGUGGUAUGUGUCAAGUCUGGGAAGCACAGGACCCCACAUAUCUGCCACCCCGCCACACAGGCCUCCUUGUCCCAUUCAAGGAACUUCCUGCUCCACCUCAAGGACUCCCUCUGCCCGAGACACCCUCCCCCGGAUGGCUCUGCCACUCCCCUGUUCCUCCAGCCUCCACCAAAUGGCUGGGAAUCAGAGUCUUCCCUGACCCCCCAAAGACCGAGUGGGCAAACAGCAGGGGGCAAAGUCAGGAACCUGGCUGCGGGGAGGGUGGAAGAUGCCCGUUCUCGAAGACCUGGAAUUUCAUCCUCAGGCUGGAUCUGCUUUCUGAUGUGGGUUUCCCUCUGCCAGGCAGCUGGUGGCAGGGAGGCAGCGAGGGGCCCCCAGGACGCUGCUGCAGCUGGGGACGCUUGGGGGCAGGGGGCUGAAUAAGAGAAG